AUGGACUGUGUAAAACAUGCCAGUGUACCCUUGAAAGCACCGAUGAAAGUAGUGAGACCAUAUGUCACACGCAGACAUGUCCUGACUGGAGAAGAACGAGUCAAUGCUACAGACCAGUGCUGUGGUCAAUGUAAGUCUGUUGGCUGUGCUGCCAAUGGUCAAGUCUACAAGGGUGGAGAAUCCAUACCAGGGGCUCAGCAAUGUUACUCUAAAGUAUGCGAGUUUGAUGUGAACAGUGCCAGCUAUCUGAUUCGUGAAACCCAGCUGGACUGUCGCACUGAUAAUUUGCCAACAUGUCAAGGAAACCAGACAAAAUAUGACAGCACUGGAUGUUGCAAAACUUGCAUUGUUAGAGCCACUGCUAGUCAGACGUGUUCAGAAUGUUCUCCACGUCUAAUGUUUGGUCAGCCUGCUGCUACGGUAGGGUUUUUCAAGGUUACAAGAAACAAUACCAUAUGUCAGAACUCUGCCCCUAUCCAAGAUCUCACUGAAUGUUCUGGAUACUGUCAGUCACGUGCUAAGUACACAACACUGAUGCGUGGCUUUGACAACAAGUGCAAUUGCUGUCAACCUCAACACACUAUCACACGCAAUGUCACAUUGAAUUGCACUGAUGGCACAACAUUUGCCAAGACCUACACGGUGCCGACAUCAUGUGGUUGUAGUGCAUGCACAGGCGGAGCCUAA